UUUCACAUGGACUAAAAACUGUGGUAGGCUACGGUUUUGGGUACGGGAAAAUAGCUGACAAAACUGUACAGGAUGCAAACGGACACAACCUGAUGCAUCUUUUGUUGUACGGUUUUCAGCUCGGUUCUGUACGGUUUUCAAAUUGAUAACGUAUAGGGGAACUGUGUUGCAAAAAUGUAGGCUGGGUUCACACCACGUUUUUCAAAUACGGUUACUGUAUACAGUUUUCCGCUAAAAAACGUAUGGCAAAAACCGUAUGCAACCAUAUACAACCGUAUGACUCCAAAUUAAAACGUAUACGGUUUUUCCCCGUACGGUUCUAUCCGUUUGCAUCAGUUUUUGCCAACGGUUUUGCUAUUUUGUUGGAAUUAGUUUUCCAGCAAUUUAAUAAAGUUAUUAUUGUUCUAUUGAAAUUCCUAUCUGCGCAUGUGUCAACUCCAAAAACGGAUUAGUAAAAACGGGUGCAACCGUAUUCUGAAAUUCUGUGUACGGUUCUCAUAGACAACAAUGUUAAAAAAGCCACAUACGGUUUUCCAACCGGAGGAAAAAACGUGGUCGACAGCGUUUUUGCCUACGGUUGAAAAAUAGUCAAAACCAUAUCUGAGGCAAAAUGGAUGCAACCGUACACAACAUUUGGAAUACGGUUUACAAUGCAUUCUCUAUGCAUACGGUUUCGGAUACGGUCGUAUACGGUUUUUUUGCGGAAAACUGUAUGCGGUAACCGUAUUUGAAAAAUGUGGUGUGAACCCAGCCUAAGACAGCAUUAUGCAUCGGAUCACAUUUUAGAUUUGAGGAUUUUGUGAGGACUGGAAAUCCUGUGUUUAGUCAGCCCACUAAAUUAACAUAUAGCAGAUUUGACAUCCACAAAGAGCAUUUGCCAUGGUUUUCCCUUCACGUUCCCGGUAUUGGAUUUUCUUCCUACAAACUCCGUAUGGAGAAAGCCUGGCAUGUCACCUGUGGGAAAGGGCUGAGGCAGUAUGGCAUCUUCUGCUGUUGAUGGCCCAAUUGGUAUUCCCUUCCCGGACCACGGUAGUGAUGUUCUGUGUGCUCUGAAUGGGCAGCGUCAGCGGGGGGAAUUAUGUGAUGUACUUCUUCUUUGCCAAGGUCGGGAUUUCCCUGCUCAUCGUUCAGUCCUUGCAGCCUGCAGCCUUUAUUUUCGCCAGCUAUUUACCUCAGGUCCAGCAGCUGAAAGACUCACUGUGUAUCAGCUGGACUUUGUAACUGCUGAAUCCCUCUCUGCUCUUCUCGACUUUGCUUAUACAGCUACCUUAACUUUAAGUGCAGGGAAUGUGGGUGAGAUUCUGGAUGCUUCGCGUUUGUUAGACAUUGGCACUGUUCGGAAUGUGUGUGCUGACCUUUUAGAUGGGCCUUUUUUAGGACAAAAAGAAUCUGAACAUUUAGUUGAUCCACAAAACUUGGCACGAGCACAAGAAUAUCUUGAGUACUUUCAGAGCAAAGGGCAAGAAGGUAGUCCUUGGAAUAGUACUUGUCCAUUGGGUCAAGAAACAGAGCCAUCAUGCAAAUUGGAAGAAGAAUAUCCCCAGUCAUUACAGAAGAAUGGGGCAGAAGGGCAACAUUUGGAUGAAUGGCAAGGGAAGGAUGAGGACCAAAUGUAUGUCCCCUCACAGAAUGGACAUUACAAGCUAAUGACUAAUAAUGAGGAUAAGAAUCGUGAUGGGGGGCUUGAACAGCAGGAUGCAGAAGGCUCACCACUUCUUGGCAGUCUGACUGGGGGGCCAUGUUUGGAUGAAAUGGACAGUCUGACGGCAAGUGCUAUCUUGCGCCACAUGAUGAGUACAUCUCAAAGGGAGGGUGUGGGCCCAGAAGAAGAUGGUGAAGAGGGAAUUAUGGACUAUUACUUGAAAUACUUCCGUAGUGGUCCUCAUGAGGAAGAGGAGGAAGAGGAUGGUGAUGAAGGGACAGGUGGUUAUCAAUGUUGGAGUCAAAAAGUGGAGAAGAAAAUGAGGGCAAAAGCCUUUCAAAAAUGUCCCAUCUGUGAGAAGGUUAUUCAGGGAGCAGGAAAGCUGCCUCGGCACAUACGCACUCACACUGGAGAAAAACCAUAUGAGUGCAUCAUCUGCAAGGUCCGAUUCACCAGGCAGGACAAGCUAAAGGUCCACAUGCGGAAGCACACAGGAGAGAAGCCUUAUCUUUGCCAGCAGUGUGGUGCAGCUUUUGCUCAUAACUACGACCUAAAAAAUCACACUCGAGUACAUACAGGGCUCCGUCCAUACCAAUGCCAGGCAUGCCACAAAACCUUUGUGCGUUCUGACCAUCUCCACAGACACCUAAAGAAGGAUGGCUGCAAUGGGAUUCCCUCUCGCAGAGGUCGUAAACCCCGGAUUCGAGAAGGAAUUGCUCAAUUUCCUCCACCUCCUGGGAAUGGCAAUGGCCCUGGAGAAAGUCAGGCUGUUUGUCCAAGUGUGGUAGCUGGUAGCACUUCCUAAGAAAACCAAAAACAAACAAGAUAUUUCUCUAAAUCAAUAUAAAUAUAUAUAAAUAUAUAUAUAUAUAAAUAUAUAAUUAUAUCAAAGUAUAUUUGGGGUUGCCUAAUUAUCACUAUCCUCAUGGGAGGGAUAGGACAUGAGUAUAAAUUCAGCACAGGGGACCAGGGAAGGGAACUGUGUCCUGGGAUUGUGGGAGGUGGGGGAUGCUUGGAAUGAAUGUAUGAAAGAUUAUGUUUAAAGCAAAAAGACUCGAGAUUUAUCUGGCAGGUUGCACUAUUUAUAUACCUGCUAUAAACAGCAGCUACACUGAAAUCCUACUUAUUUCUACUCUAAGAAAACUAAGGUGUGUACUUUUGUAUAGCAAAGCAAUUCUAGUUUUUAAUGCAUCAGUUUGAUUGGUUAUACAGAAUGCUAGUCCGUAUUAGUGAUUUUGGCAUUUUGCAGUGUUAUGUUUAAUAUAUACCGUAAUUCAGUGGAGAAAUUAGGCUUUAUUUUUCCAAUAGGAAAACAGAUACUUCUUGAGUUGUUGAACAAAGUGGUUCAAAGUGGUAACUGAAGGAAACAAGCCUUUCUAACUGCAUACAUUUUACUGAAAACAGUAUCUACCAAUAUCUAUUUUUUUCUUUUUAUUGUGUAGAAACUUAACAGAUUCCAUAGCUUUAUCUAUUAAAGGACACCAAGUUUCCAGUAGUGUAACUACUGGUAUUAUACAAUAUGAAAAGGAAAUGUUGAUUGGUUAACCAAAAUUAAAAUGUAAAAAGGGAUUAUAUAGUUAUCCUUUUAACUCCACUUGACACUGUUACCUACAGUAGCUUUAAUCAUUUGUCUAGAUAGACUUGAUGGCCACAUUUUGACAAUCAACCAGAAUCAAUGACUGGUAUUUCUGUUGUUUACGUGACCAGGAAAGCAUUUAGUGGUGUAGAUAAGGGAGGAAUUAGCCAUGCAUAUGUUAUUCUGUAAUGGUACUGCCAUUUGGAUACAGAGCUAGGGUGCCAAACUGAAUCUUUGCCUCUGGUAAAAAAAACAAAACAAGCCUACAUGCGACUCUUAAGAGCAUCUCAGAUUUGUCUUGUUGCUUAAACAAUCCUGUGACUGCAGCAGCAUCAUCCAGGUAGCGAGACACAGUGUUUGGACGUCUCCGCCUUUCCCAUAGAGAUAAAUGUGUGUAGCAGAGCAGAGCUGGGCCCCGUACGGGAGAUCGUGUGGUGUCAGACCUGCGGAUAGGGGAUACGUUUAUCGCUGGACAUCUUCUUUAAUAGCUGCAUCUUUAUUACAUGCUUAUAAUGCUUUAAUGUUAUUCAAAAUGCACAAGAGACCAAAAAUUUUAUUUUUGACAAAGAUAUGUUGCUAUUUCUUUUUAUUUAGGUCUUAUGUUUACCAUGUAAUUUCUUAUGCCUAAACCAGUACAUAGUUGCUUUAUGGAAUACACAAAUAUGUACUUUGGUAGCACUAUAAAAAAUUUUUUUUUUUUUUUAUGAAACGCCUAUGGUAAUUUUACUUAGGCCUUAUUAUUACUAGUGUCAUCAUUUGUAUAGUAUUACGUGUACAAUGUGUUCAGAAAGUCUUCAGACCCUUUUACUUUUUCAGAUUUUAUCUUACGGUCUUGUGCUAAAAUUAAAUUUAAAAAAUCAUGUUUUCCAGCCAUUAAUCUUCACUCAAUACCCCAUAGAAAGGAUGUGGAAAUAUAGUAAAUAAAUGCCUGUAGAGCUCAGAGACAGGAUAAAUCCCUGGAUCAACAUUCUAUCCACCUAAACCUUGAAUCAAUAAUACUUGUAAUUGUAUAUUUGUCCAGAAAACAUCCAGGCCCCCAUUGAACUUGAUGUAUUGAGUCAGACACACACAACAUUAUGUGACAGAGCGUUCCAUAGUCUCACUGCUCUUCCACUGCUCUUCCAAUACCAUCUGGUGCUGGUGUUGGCAGCAUAGUGCUGUGGCAGUGUUUUUCAGUGUCUGGGACAGGAAGACUGGUCGGGAUUGGGGGAAAGCGCAAUGGGGCAAUGAACAGAAAUAUUCUUUAGGGACCCACUAUAAAUAGGUGGCCUUGGCGUGGCGAGGAGGCUUGCACCUUUUGAUCAAAAUGUAUACUAACAACCUGUUAGUUUUUGAAUUUAUGCUGAGACGCAAGUAGAUCAAAAUACAAAUUGUGGAUAUGCGACCAUGUCUGUUUUCUCUACUUGAAUUCACAGAAAUAUUCUUAAUGAAAACCUGAUUAAGAAUGUACUGAACCUCAGACUAGGUGGAAUGUUUUCCUUCCAAUAAGCCAUGUAGGAGUAGUUUGACCCCUUAACGACACAGGAUGUAAAUGUACUUCCUGAUGUCCUGCUACUUGAGAUACAGUCCUGUACAUGACUCGAGCACCUGAGUGGUGCUUGCUUUAUGCAAGGCAGGUCCCAGCUGUGAUCGAGCUGACGUCUGCCAUUAACUGAUCAAGGCAUCUGCGGCAAUGCAGGUGUUCUAAUGGAUGAUAGGACCACCCACGGAAUGGCCAAUGGGAUCCGAUCAUCCAAGAUGGUGGACGGAGGUUCCAUUACCUGUCACCGCCACUCUCCCAUCGUCUUCUUCCAAAUCGCCCAUAAAACUGAUUGGUGCUAUGCAUAUGCAUAGCACUUAGCAGUAUUAGCAAUCAAAUGAUUGCUAUAAAUAAUGUCCCUCCCCAAUAAAAAUGUUAUUGGCCCUUUUUAUUCCCAGUUUAUCCCAAAAAGCAUAAAAAGGUACUUAAUAAACAUCGGUGCGUGAAUAAAUGUCCAAACUAUCAAAUUACAAUGUUAAAGGGUUUAUCCAGGAAAAAAAAUUUUAUAUAUCAACUGGCUCCAGAAAGUUAAACAGAUUUGUAAAUUACUUCUAUUAAAAAAUCGUAAUCCUUUCAGUACUUAUCAACUACUGAAGUUGAGUUGUUCUUUUCUGUCUAAUUGCUCUCUGAUGACACGUGUCUCGGGAACUGUCCAGAGUAGAAGCAAAUCCCCAUACCAAACCUCUUCUACUCUGUGCAGUUCCCGAGACAAGUAGAGAUGUCACCAGAGAGCACUGUUGCCAGACAGAAAACAACAACUUCGGCAGCUGAUAAUUAUUGGAAGGAUAAAGAUUUUUUUUUAUAGAAGUAAGUAAUUUACAAAUCUGUUUAACUUUCUGGAGCCAGUUGAUAUAAGAAAAAAAAAGUUUUUUCCUGGAAUACCCCUUUAAAGAUCCUGUACAGUGAACGGCAUAAACGUAAAAAAAAGUUCUAAGUUGCUGCUUUUUUGUCACAUCACAUUUCAAAAUAAAUUAAUAAAAAGCGAUUAGAUGUCACAUACGCAAAAGUGGAUAAAAACUACAGAUCACUGCGCAAAAAAUGAGAAAGUUAUUGGUGUUCUAAAUAGGGCAUUUUU